CUUUUAUGGACAGCUAGUGCUUGUGGCUUCAUGGGUUAUGAACAGUAUCGUAAUCUUAUCGAUAAGGGUUAUAUUCCACUUAAAGAUAAGAGUUACAUGACAAAUGGGUAUUUGGAUACAGUUAUUGAUUGGAUACCCGGUAUGAAAGGUAUACGUUUGAAGGAUUUACCAACUUUUCUUCGAACCACAGAUCUAAACGAUUUUAUGAUUGAUUUUGUGCUUGGUGAAAUGGAGAGAGCUCACAGAGCCUCCGCGAUUAUUUUCAAUACAUUUGAGAAAUUAGAACAUAACGUUUUGGAGGCUCUUUCAUCCAUGUUCCCUCCAAUCUACACCAUUGGACCUUUAACAUAUAUCAUUUACACAAUACUUGUUUUACUUAUGCAAAAGAAAAGAUGUUAA